AUAUCUUAAAGAUGACAUGUACGAGUAUUAUCCGAUUGGAAACACGAGAUCUAUGGAUGUUACCCAUGGAUGCCAGGUGGCCGAGGAGUGUAACAUUUUGCUGCUUGGAUGUGGCGACAUCAGGCACGUCCUUCACACCAUGCACGUACUACACGAAGAUGGCACGACAAAGGCAAAGAACCAGACAAUAAACUUUCACAUCAAUGACAUCGAAGACGGAAUCUUGGGGCGGGAUUUAAUCUUACUCUACCUUGCUAGAACCAUUAAUCCAUUAGAUACUGACGAACUGAAGACUCUAUGGGCAGUUUGGUACGACGUGGUACUAUCAAAGGCACACCUACAGAACCUGAAAGAGGUGAUGGAAGAAUUAUCAGAUCUCAAAUCAGGCACGAAUGGUAUCUAUUUUGGAAAUGGAAAGACAGAACUGAAAAUCAAACAAGCUCUCCAGUCUUGGUUGGAAUUUGAAAUUUCAGGCAGACAGACGAUCGGUAAACGGACCAAUUUUCUUAAAGCGAUGUACGGUGAUCUCUUUCCUGAAACAUCAGUGCAGAGAGUUUCCUCAAGGCUCGUCGCCCAGAGCAACCGAUCGGAUUACACAGAACGUUUGAAAGACAGAUACCAACAAGAAGUUCAUGAAUACAUCACAAGUGGCGUUUCCAGUGCUUGUUCAACAGCAAUGACCUCUGAAAGAAUACUGGAUAUAUUCCAUGGCAACGUAACAUUUUUCAGACCAGGAAGUGAUGAGUGGAAAGUAGAGGACAACAGCUGUCCUUUUAUGUGCUAUGACGUGGAACUACAGCUGGACAGAUACAAUGGUGGAGAUACCACAAUGUGCACUUUAUUUCUUGAAAUAUUGAGGAAAUGGGUGAUGAGCUACCAAGCUACAAUAAAAUCCGGAUGUACUACAAGGUUCUAUCUGUGGCUGGGGGAUGCAGUAGAGGUUUGUGAAGCAGACCUCCCAAACAAUCUCCUAUUUGACUUCAUCGACACAUCGAACAUUGCGGAUAGAGUUGGCCUGAUUCCGUUACUGAUCCGUUGCCAAGAGAGACUCCAAAAGCCAAAUGGGGUUCUGAGGACGGAGACCUUCCAUUGGAACCAAGGCACAGCUUUUUGGUUGGAAUCGUUUCUGCGUCAGUGUUUGGAUAUUCCUCAGUUGAUGUAUCCAACUUUGUUUGGUCUCCAUCUUGCUGAAGAGCUCACGCUUGGUCACGAGAAUAUUCUUGAAGACGGAUCAUUUGUUGGAGUAUCAAAGUUAGCCUUAAGAUGGAAGGCAUCUAGGGAACAGGAGAUAUUGACAUUGUCUGCAGAUGGAGGGGAUGCCCUGUCCAAAUGUGUUGCGCAACUCAAAAAUAGAAUUGAAGUGCUGGACGUCCGCGAUACUUGUGGCUACAACACAACUAACAUAGACAGUAAAUCAAAGGAGAGGCUGAUGCACAGACUCAGGAAGAUCACCACCGAUGAAGCACCUGCAGAUUCAGACAUUUCUUCAGGAAACACGUUUACUGUAAUAGAGGAGAUCGAUGAUUACCAGGUGAGGAUUGAAAUUGAUCCUGAAUUCCUGAAAGAUGGAAUCUUCACAACUGACAUGGACAGAGGAGAUCCAUACCUUGUGGUGCUGAAGAGCAGUCGUAAUGGGUCUACAGGCUUUAGUAAGACUCUUCGAUUUGCAUGCGGUAUCAACAUCAAGUCCAGCAACAUCAAACUAUCCAGGAAGAGAGGCACUAUUGAAGCUCACUUCAAAAAGGAUCCCAGUUUCACUCAAGGAAACCGACUUUUACCCUGGAAGAAACUUAGUCCAGGUUUCACUGUGAAACUUCCCGACUUUCCACGGUCACAGUUUGGAGAGACCACAAUUAGAUCUUAUGUUCAGUGCAUGCAUCUUGGGCCUGUACCGGAUUUGAAGACUGCAACACCAUUGCAACAGUUCCAGACCAUAGUAUCAUACCUGAUGAAAACUGCUCCAUUUUCAUUUGGCGUACCAACAAUCGUGUCCAUCAGAGUUCCAAGUCAAGCAGAUCCUUCUAACAGAGUCGACAACAGAUUUUAUCUGGAGGGUCUGAAGAUAUAUGAGAAUAAACCAACGAUGUUUUUGACUUUCAUAGAUGUGGACAAAAUGUCGCAACUCCUAACGAAAGGCAAAAUCAACCAAGAAGAAAUCUCACGCUUUCUUCCUUUGCUCAUGGAGAAUGUGGAACUGGAUUCACAGUCUUCCAAAUAUUUGGCUCCGGGGUUUUCAAUGCUGAUGCAAAUUCUGGAACUGAACUCUUAUCGGAGAGCCCAAGACUACUGCCAGGAACCAGACAAGAGAUGGAUGAUGAGAACAUACUUGAGAGCAAGAUACCCGUACAUAGAUUAUGAGACAUACAGUAUGCAUCUGUCGGGGAUUACAAAAGAGGAUAUCACGAAAAUAUAUACAUCGGUGAUGGAGACCCUUCUUGGAAAACAUGUCUCCUCAAGGGACCAGGAUCUGACAUCCCAAACCUCAAGGCAGUCCGUCCAUUCUUGUGACAGUUGUAGCAGGACAUCAGCAGAGUGCAAGAAAUGCACGGGUUGUCACCUUGUGUUCUACUGUGACCGGGCAUGUCAGAGGAAGGCGUGGCCUGUGCACAAACAUAUCUGCAGGCGUACAUAAAGUCAUUGUGACUAAUAUCGAACGACCUAUAAACCCAGGGGCGGAUACAGCUUUUUGAAAAAGGGAUGGUGGGGUUGGUGCACAGUUCUUUUUCACCCGUUUUCAACAGUGAUUUAAUAAACUUUCAGGACAAAAUGGGGCAUCCGUGAAUGUUCGAAUGUAUUAUUUUUACUACGCUUUUCAAUUUGUGUCUUAUUGCAACCAACCAGUAGACAGCUGUAUAACUGGGAUUUGUCCAGGUAAAUGAAAUGUUUGCAUAAUGUAAAUAUAGCAUUAUAUGUAAAACUGUGCCAUCAAAAGAAAUAUAUCAUGAAAACAGAGUACACUGAUUCCGAAUAUUUCAUAAACAUGUGUUAAUAAAUCACUGUCAAGAAUACCAGGGGUACUAGAGCUCUAAGAUCAUUGUAACUACCAUAUUUUAACAUGGGGCAUGGUGGGCGAGCUGCCUAAAGCGCCAGACUAUAGCUAGUG